CAGAGGGCGCCUGAGUGGAACUGAAGGGGGAAGUUCCCCGGGCGGUCUCAGCCUGCCGCUGGGAGCGAGAAAUCGAAACUCAGCUGUUGAAACCGCUGCCCCUGCUCUUCGGAAUCGCAUCUCGAGACUCGCUCAGCGUCCCAGCCCGCAUCCCUCCUGCAGCGGCGGCGGCCCGGGAUCCGGGGCUCUGAACCAUGUACAGCCGCAGUAGGGUGGUGGGCUCUGGACAGGGCGCCUCCGCCGCCUCCCGCCCGGCCCGGGUCCCCCCGGAGUGGCGCCAGGAGCAGGACUCCUCGCAAGGCCACAGGCAGGGCUUGGAGGCGUCCCCUGAGGGCCCUUCGCGGGAGAGCCGGGAGCACGCGAGCCAGAGCUUGAGAGGUGCAUACACUGUGAUAUCACCAAAUGAAAACCGAAGAAAUCAGAUACGAAGGAUUGCUAAGCAAGAGCUGGACAACCUGGAGAAGUGGAAGGAGCAACACAGAGCUAAGCCAAUUAACCUGGAGCCAAGGCGGCUAGGUGGAAGCCAAUCAGAGGCUGAAGUCAGACAGAAACAACAACUCCAACUGAUACAAUCUAAAUACCAGCAAAAGCUAAAAAGAGAAGAAUCUGUAAGAAUCAGGAAGGAAGCUGAAGAAGCUGCCAUCCAAAAAAUGAAGGCAAUUCAGAGAGAGAAGAGCAGUAAACUAGAGGAGAAAAAAAGACUUCAAGAAAACCUCAGAAGAGAAGCAUUUAGAGAGCAUCAGCAAUACAAAACUGCUGAGUUCUUGAGCGGACUGGACACAGAGUUGCCCCACAGACGUACCUGUCAAAUUGCUCUUCGUGACCCACAGCCUUCAACUUGGGCCAGAAGCCGGGCUUAUAAGGAGUCUCUAAAGGAAGAAGAAAAUAAAAAGUUCCAAAAGAUGAAGGAGGAACAACAUCAGAAGAGUGAAUUACUGGAAUUUAAGCGACAGCAACAGGAAGAAGAAAGAACCCAGACCUCCCAGACUGAACACAGGAGGGUAAAUAAUGCUUUUCUGGACCGACUCCAAGCCAGAAGUCAACCAGGUGGCCUCGAGCACUUUGGAGGCUAUUGGAAUAUGAAUAGUGGUAACAGCUGGGACAUGUGAGAAAUAUUUACUUACAUCUGACCUUCGUCAACUGACCUUGAAAAGCCUCAUGAGAUGCUUUUCUUUAAUGCCAUUUUGUUCAUCCUCACUGUUUUUACCUGGACUUCAACUGCCCAUCCAUGCAGCUGAGCAGCCAGGAGUGACUGGUUUCUCUCUGUCAUUAUUUGUAUGUGUUUGCAGGAGCUGAUUCUGAACUCACAUUUAAUCUCUACUGCCAGUGAAAUGUUACCUUAUUUUUCUAAUUGGUUUUGCCUCUUAUUGGAAGUAUAAUUACAGCAAUGUUAGUAAGAUAGAAAAGGAGGGACUCAUUUGAUGAUUUCAGGUUAACAAGAGCUAUGGGUGUGGCAUGCUUGUCUCUGUAAGCAGCUAAUUCUUAUCUAAUUCUCAGAUCAGGUUUGGGGAAGCUUUGGCAUCUUUAGAUUUUAAUCCCUAUUUUCUUAAUCCAAGGUACGAAUGCCAGCAAAAGAAAA